AUGCGGGCGGUAGCCGCUCGUCACGGCAAAUUGGAAGCAGUGAAGCUACUUCUCCAGCACAAAGACGUCGACUUAAACGUAAGAGUAGGACGCUAUUGGACAGCGUUGACAUAUGCGAAAGAUUACAGGCACCACGAGAUCGUCGACCUCCUCCUCUCCCACGGCGCCAUCGACUACGACGUCAAAGCACCAACAACCGUACCAACAAUCCUACACAUCAACGACUCGCAAAACACCACUUUGCACCCUGACCACGAAGCGCACUUCGAUCAGUUCUACAAUGAUAUGGACGCCGGACCAACCGAAGCUUGGGAGGAGUUGCUUGCCAUGGAGGAAUGA